AUGUCACUCAUUUCAGAUGCACACACAAAACCCUCUCCUCCACCUCCGCAGGAGCCGUCGAUGUCGCUUGCUGACCCGAUCAGCAUGACGCUCCAGCCGCCAACCGUGAAACGGGGCCACCGACACCGCCGCUCGGCAGCUAUCUCGGGCGACUUCGACUCCAACUCGUUCCUGCAGCCGCCUCCAACAAGCGCAAACAGCAGCAACGCCCUGAACCUAUCCAAGUCGCUGCCCUGCUCGCCAGUGAAGUCCAGCGUAAUCAGCAGCAUCCUCGGCAACGGCAGCGGUGGCACGACCUUGCAUCCGAAGGAGUCUAUGGCACGCUUGGAUUGCACGGCGCCCACGCUGACGCCGGCGCCAACCACCGGCUUCAACAGCUCGCUCCAGAACUCAUCCUACUCCAACAGCACGGGCAACAACAACAGUGGCAGCACCAGUAAUUACUACUACGCUUCCACUUCAAACACGACCACAACCCCAACCCCAAACUCAAACUUGUCCACUCCUAUCAAGUUCUAUUUGACGGAUGAAACAAAGUUCACAAACUCAAACUCAAAUAUCCCUGAUGCCUUGAUCGACUUGGAUGACAUCAACAACAACUCAACGUUCUCCUCCUCCUUACCAAAUAACUUCAACUUGAGUCUCAACUUGAACCCAGCUUCAAAGUUUGGGAAGAAGCAAUUUUCCUUCCAUGACUUUGAAGGUCACACAAAUCACUUGCCGAAACACUCCCUUUUGUGCUCCCCGAAAAAAACUGACGUCAUGAUUGUCGAAGAAAUCACCGAAGAGAACAAUACUUUCGAUCUGGAAAACGAUGCUGACGAAAACGUCUACAACCUUGAAAAUACUGGUAAAUACAAUAAUAAUAACAGUAAUAACAACCAUAUUAGUAAUAAUAAUAACAGUUCUGGUGUCGAAGAGGAGGAUGAAGAAGAUGACAGCUAUGAUAACAUCAUACCUUCUUCCACGUUUUCAAAUAACCAGUUCGAGUUGAAUUCUCUCCUAAUGUCCAAGCAGCUAAACAACUCGUUGACCUCCUUGCCAACGAAGAAUUCAAACAACUCUUCUUCAAACUCUAUCAAUUCAAAUCCAAAUCCUUUCUCAACGUUGAAUACUUCUUCAAUUUCGAGUUUGAAAGGAAAAGUUAGAUACCAAUCAUAUUACAGCCUGGCUCCGUCAACGCCCAAAAAUAGUCACCACCAUAAUUUCAACAGCAUCGGUACCACAACCAGUAACACUACCACUAGUAACGGCCUCAGCAGCGCCAAUGGUAACUACCAUAGGUUGUCAAACUCGAUGUCGAUGUCUCCUAUCAAACCAACUGUCAAGUCACCUUUCCAAUACCAAUCUUUGCAAUACGACUUGCCAGAUGGCUUCCAUCAGAAAAAUAACGUUCUUGAAGAUCUAGAAAAUGAGCAAUUGGAUGAAGAUAUAACUAAUGAUGUUGUCGGUGUAGAUCAUCAGAAGGCUGCUGCUAAUCCAAAAAGCAUAAAAAACACUUCUGACUCAACCUUCCUGGUAGACAACAAGAGUAAGGUGUCACUUAAGGACAUGUCCAGUUCAUCUUCAACUAUUUCAAACAAAUCCAACGUCAAACUGAACGUUCCUCCCUCCAAAUCAAAGCAUGAACGUUCAUCAUCUUUGUUCUCUAUACUUUCCAAAAAAAUCUCACAUCACAGAAGAAGGUCUUCCGCGAUGAGUGCCUAUUCCAAAAAGUCAACUUCGAUAAUAGAGCAAACAAACGAUGAAUUGCUGGGCUUAAACAUCAAUGUGAACAAUAACGAUUCAACAUUAAAUGAAGAUUUCACGUUGACCCAGGAUUGUUUGGGUGAACCGGGUCCCAUGAUCGAAAUAGGAGAAAAUGAUAUCAAUCAGUUAACUGAAAAUGGAGCCAAAUUGAAUAGAACUGCUAACAAAAAGAAGAUGAGUCACAGUAAUAAUCAUCACGGUAGCUCUGGUAAUUCCAACUCGAUUUCAGUUUCGAGUACUUCAAAUAAAAAGGGUUUAUUCAGUUGGAUCGUCAAGUCGAAAAAGAAUCGGGUCAGUUCAACAUAG